CGGCGGGAAGAGGCGGCAGGAGAAUGGAGGUGGAGGAGAGCCACAGUGGCGCAGGCGAGCACGGGUCCCAGGAUCCUGCCCCGGGCCCCAGCAAGGCCCCCGGGAGCGCUGGUCACUACGAGCUGCCGUGGGUUGAGAAGUAUAGACCGAUAAAGUUGAAUGAAAUUGUUGGGAAUGAAGAUACUGUGAGCAGGCUGGAGGUCUUUGCACGAGAAGGAAAUGUGCCCAAUAUUAUCAUUGCGGGCCCCCCAGGAACUGGCAAAACCACAAGCAUCCUGUGUUUGGCACGAGCCCUUCUGGGCCCAGCUCUCAAAGAUGCCGUUUUGGAACUUAAUGCCUCAAAUGACAGGGGUAUUGAUGUUGUGAGGAACAAAAUCAAAAUGUUUGCUCAACAGAAAGUCACUCUUCCCAAAGGACGACACAAGAUCAUCAUCCUGGAUGAAGCAGACAGCAUGACUGAUGGAGCCCAGCAAGCCUUGAGGAGAACCAUGGAAAUCUACUCCAAAACAACUCGCUUUGCUCUUGCUUGUAAUGCUUCGGAUAAAAUCAUAGAGCCCAUUCAGUCCCGGUGCGCAGUCCUCCGCUACACCAAGCUGACCGACGCCCAGAUCCUCGCGAGGUUAAUGAACGUGAUCGAGAAGGAGAAGGUGCAGUACACUGACGAUGGUCUGGAAGCCAUUAUCUUCACCGCCCAGGGAGACAUGAGGCAGGCAUUGAACAACUUGCAGUCUACUUUCUCGGGAUUCGGCUUCAUUAACAGCGAGAAUGUGUUCAAGGUCUGUGACGAGCCGCACCCGCUGCUGGUGAAGGAGAUGCUUCAGCACUGUGUGAGCGCCAACAUCGACGAAGCCUACAAGAUUCUCGCUCACCUGUGGCAUCUUGGCUAUUCACCAGAAGACAUCAUUGGCAACAUUUUUCGAGUGUGUAAAACCUUCCAAAUGGCAGAAUACUUGAAACUGGAGUUUAUUAAGGAAAUUGGAUACACUCACAUGAAAAUAGCCGAAGGUGUGAACUCCCUUCUGCAGAUGGCAGGGCUCUUGGCCAGGCUGUGUCAGAAGACGAUGGCCCCGGUGGCCAGUUAGAGUGAACUCAUCGAUUGGGUUGCAGGAGUCCCUGGGAGACAGGAUACACAGCCUUCUGCUUUGUGAGAAAAUGCUGCCCAGACUGGCUCUGGGACUCGCCUUUCUUCCCGUCUAGGCCUUCUGGGGCUUCCGCACACUGCAGGAGCAUCUGCAUUCGGCCCAGGCUCAGAGAUGUGACUGGAGAGGCCCCAGAGACCUAAAGGCAGUGUCCAAUCUGGGCAUGAGUGGGCAUUCUAGCUAAUAAAACCGUACAGUUUUUCAUUUUUUGUCAGCAAUAAUGGUGCAAUGUAAGGCCACAAAGAAGGGCAGCUUCCUGUCUCUGUGCCCCUUGCUCCUACAAGUAGAAAAGACGAUUUAGAUCAUAGACUGGACAAGCUAAUCUCAGUUUUUUAAGAGGCCUGGAGGGCAGUUCCACGGGGUGAAGGCAGGGCUUGUCAUCUAACUAGAA